AAUAUCCAUGCUGCCAUGUGGAGGUAUGCACUACAGUUUGUGCUUGAAGCGACAUUGAUGAAAAUGGCAUCAUCUCAGCCACACAUUGAGAACUGUGAAUUCUCUAUGGCUAGCCUUCAGGAACUCAUCAAAGACCCCAACAUCACUGUGCCAAACAACUACUAUCGCCCCGAUCAAGAGCCUCUAAAACUCUUAAACGGGAACGAUAACUUUCCUGCAACCCCCACCAUUGACUUGGAACGUUUGGUUUCCAAGGAACACACAGAGCUUGAGCUAGAGAAGUUGGAGGCAACGUGCAAAGAAUGGGGUAUCUUUCAGUUGGUGAACCAUGGAGUCAGCUCUUCACUGAUGGAGAAGCUGAAACUUGAGAUCCAGGAAUUUUGUGAGCUUCCUGUUGAAGACAAAAUGAAAUUCAAGAUAAAAAAAGGUGAGUUUGAAGGAUAUGGAUCCCUUGCUCGAUCCGAUGGAAAACUUGAUUGGGGUGACAGGUUGUUUAUGAUAACCAACCCGGUUCACAGGAGAAAACCAUACCUCUUUCCAGAGCUCCCUUCAUCAUUAAGGAAUACUUUAGAGUGUUACUUCCAGGAAUUGCAAAAUCUGUCCAAAAUACUGCUUGGGAUGAUAGCAAAGAAUCUGAAGAUGGAGAUAAAAGAAAUGGAAGAACUGUUUGAGGAUGGGAUGCAAUCAGUAAGGUUGAAUUAUUAUCCUCCAUGUUCAGAACCAGAGGUGGUUAUGGGUAUUCUUCCUCACUCUGAUGUCAGUGGCAUCACUAUUUUGCAUCAAGUUAAUGGAGUUGACGGCCUUCAGAUUAAAAAGGAAGGCGUUUGGAUUCCUCUCAGCAUCCUUCCUGAAGCCUUUGUAAUCAACUUGGGGGAUAUUCUAGAGAUGAUCAGUAAUGGAGUUUAUCAGAGCAUAGAGCAUAGGGGAUCAAUAAACUCAGAGAAAGAGAGGAUAUCGGUUGCUUUUUUCGUCAACCCAAGGUUCGAUGCAGAGAUUGGACCAGCAAGCAGCCUGAUAAGCCCUGAAAACCCACCAUUAUUCAAGAAAAUAAGGAUGGAAGAUUACGUUACAGGUUUCUCCUCCCUGAAGCUUAACGGUAAAAAAUACUUGGCCAACUUGAAGAUUGAAAGUGGUGAAGGCACGCAGCACGAUAACUGAAUAAAUGGUCGACGACCUAGAAGAAUAAUAUUACUAGUUGGAAAUAAAUGAUCCUGUGUUGUAAGAUGUGUAUCAUAUUAUGUGUGCCGGUGUGUUCCAGGCAUUUGUCUGAUCUUUCAGUCCUGCUUCCAUAGGGCAGUGCUAAAAAAUAAACUGGUUCUUUAAAAAUUUGUAUGAUAUAUUACAGUUUGUGAUAUAUUAAUAAGUAAAAAUAAGAUUAAUAGUUUGAUUCUUGUGAAA